CCAAUGGGAGCACUCUUUUACUUGGAAAACCUUGCAGCUCUUCUUGUUGUGUUUGCGAGAUCAGACAACAAUCAUUCAAUGAGGUUACUGUACUCUAUCUCCGCAAGUAUGGAUUCCUGUUUUCUGAUCACCGUGUUUGUCUUCGCUUUUAGUCUUUCCAAUGGAGAGAGGACGCUCAAGUUUGUCACUGUGGGAAACGGCACUCUGGAAGGCAAGCUACAGUUUGAAUGUCACUCGAAGCUUCUUUUGAGCAUGCAGCCUCUCCUCAGUAACGAGCAGCAGCUCUAUCGUCAUGGCGACAGAUCUCCACUCGAUACCUAUCCAACCGAUCCCUACAAGGAGAAUGACUGGCCCCAGGGUUUUGGACAGCUCUCCCAGGAGGGAAAGAAGCAGCAAUAUGAACUAGGUCAGUUUUUAAAGAAACGCUACAGAGGAUUCCUGAGUGAGAACUAUAACCGGAAAGAGAUAUACAUCAGAAGCGUAGAUCUUGACCGGACAUUGAUGAGUGCAGAAGCUAACCUGGCUGCCAUGUUCCCACCUAGCAGUUCUGAGGAGUUUAUUCCUGGUUUGAAAUGGCAGCCGAUACCUGUUCACACUGUCCCAGAGGAUAAAGAUUUGCUGCUCCAUUUCCCGCUAAGAAACUGUCCACGUUACAUACAGCUCAUGAAUGAGACUAAAAAUUCAGACAUUUUUCAUAAAAUGACUGUCACUUACAAGGCAUUUAUAGAAAUGGUGAGAAUAAAAACAGGAAAGAAGACAGUCUCUGUUGAUUCUGUUUGGACUGUCUAUGACACGUUGUUCUGUGAGUCAAAGCAUGGGAAGGUGCUACCAGACUGGGUGACUCCAGAUGUGAUGGAAACGCUGAAGGUGCUGAAUGACUUUUCUUACCAGAUUAUGUUUGGAGUCUAUGAGAGAAAGGAGAAGAGCAGACUUCAGGGAGGCCUGCUGUUAGAUCAGAUCAUUAAGAAUAUCUCAUCUGCAGCAGCUUCAGAUAAUGAACAAAAAACGAAGAUGAUAGUAUACUCAGCUCAUGACACAACAAUUGUAGCUCUGCAGGAAGCCCUGGAUGUCUUUAGUGGCCUGCAGCCACCGUAUGCCUCGUGUCAUCUGAUUGAGCUUCACCAGGAAGAGAACGGGAUGUUUUCAGUGGAGAUGUUUUAUCGCAAUGACAGCGCCGUUGAGCCGUACGCUGUGUCUUUACCUGGCUGUUCCCAGCGCUGCCCCCUACAGGACUUUGUGAAACGCACACGUGACGUCAUACCACAAGACUGGAAUAAAGAGUGUGAGAUAAAGAAAGAAGCCACAGACACUAGUAAAGAUGCUGUGAAGUGCAUCACGUCCAUCCGGCACAUCUUUAGAUCAACACUUGAUGACUGUCUGAAAGGGAAGGACAUCCACUUUAGUGUUUCUGCACACCCACUUUAUUAAGAGCCCUGCUUUUGUAGUUUAGUGCACGGUCUCGCAUUACCUUCAGAAGACUGAUCCCGUUGCCCAUGUUUGGGACAGUGAAAUGUUCAUCGUCAUCGAAAUGAAUGUCUCCGAGGAACCACGCGUGAGCAAACUCUCGGCCCGCGCCGUCAAACCGCUGAGAGCAGCCCAGAUGUCGGCCUGUAGGGGGCAGGAGAGGCUUCCGUUACCAAAUGAGAAUCAACACAUUUUUUUGUUACCUAUAAAUGAACCUGCAUAAGUUCUUAACAGUCUUCAGAACCGACCUGUCCCAAAGCCC